AUGAGUCUCGUCGACGUACUGUUGUGCAUUAAAAUUACUUCUUCAGAAAUUCGUUUUGCUAUUGAUCCAGAAACUGGUGUUUCUGUUAAUGUCUUAGAGAAGCAACAUUUGGAGACUAUGUCCAUGAUAGAAGAAUUCAUUUUGUUGGCAAAUAUUUCUGUUACUGAAAAAAUUCACGAAUAUUUACUUCUCAAUUCGUCGUUAUGCUGA